AUGGCAAGCAACAAGAGGAGGAAGGCUGUGGCCGCGUCGCUCAUGCCGCCGUUAGCCGAGUCGCUGCUGCUGCCGCCGGAUGAGCUGAUGACGGAUGUGUUCCUGUGGCUGCCCGUCAAAUCCCUCCUCCGCUUCCGGACCAUCUGCCGCUCCUGGGCCGCGCUGCUCUCCUCCGACGAGUUCUGCGGCCUCCACAGGGCCAAGGUCAAGGCCGAGGCAGCACCGCCACCCAAGCUGCUAUUCAUCUCGCCGGCCGCGAGCUUCGACUCCACGGGGAUUUACUCGUGCUCGCCAUCAGGCAACGGUCUCCUGCUCACUCUCAACGACGUGCGUGGUGACCAUGUGGACAUGACGCCCGCGCCGUGCCACGGCCUCACCCUCUUGCAUGACGCCGUGGAGCCAGCCUACUAUGUUUUCAACGCGACCACACGGGCCGUCACCCGGCUGCCGCCUUGCCAAGACUCCUUCAUGGCCAUUGCUUGUCUCGGAUUCGAUUCCAGGAGGAGGGACUACAAGGUAGUGAGGUUGUUUUUCGAGAAACACUUCGGGGUUGAUAAUAUCAAGUGCGAGGUGUACGCCCUUGGUGGCGAGCACGGGGAUCGCUGGAUGCCGGCUGCCGGUGGUGUGCCCUUUAGGUUCCGCAGGUUUGCCGCUGAUGCGAUAAUCGCAACACGGAGUGAAGCUAAGCUGAUGCCGGUGUUCGCAGACGGAUUUCUGCACUGGGUUGUCGACUCGCCUCUUUUCCUCGCAAAGCCAAGAGCUGCCGUCUUAUCGUUCUCUCUCGCAGAUGAGACCUUUAGAUGGUUCAGGUCACCAAUCUUCGAGGUCCCAGGAGUGCACCUGGUGGAGCUUGAUGGCCACUUGUGUAUGGUCCGGGACCUCCGUCCCGAUACUAGUAUUAUGGAGAUUUGGGAAAUGCAGGACUGCAACUCUGGUGAUUGGACGUUGGCACAUCGUAUUGAUUUGUUACAACAUGUUCAAAGAGGUUUGACGGAGCCGCAAAUUAUUAGAGUCAUUGGGUCUGUUGGCAACUGUGGAUCAAGGAACAAGGUAAUCUUGGCUACAUCCAAACGCAAGGUGAUCACCUAUGACCCAGUAUCUGCAACUCUGGAAACCGUUCUUGCAAUCAGAGAAACUCAUUCACCUUACGAAACCAAGCAAUCUGCUCCUAGAGUCAGUUUAUUUAAAGAGAAUCUUGCUCCGGUGCACAGAACAAAUGAAGAGAUAGACUCGGGUUCUCCCCUGGCCAAGGCAACUAAGGAGAUCCUACUCCGACUCCCGGGUAAUUUUGCAGUGCAGUUCAAGCUGGUCAGCAAGCAGUGGCUUACAUUGAUCGAGAGUCGAAGCUUCAUGCGCUCUUACUAUGAGCAUAACAACAACAUAGACAGGAGGCCCAAGAUCAUGCUUGUGGGCAAGGGUGCUAGAGGUCUGGGUUUCAGUUUUGCUCCCAUGGGUAAAUUGCUUCAAGAGGCUCCUAGUCAAGGAACAUGGCUUGACACAAAGGUGGUUUGCUCCAAGCCUUGUCAUGGCAUGAACCUGUUAAGUACUGAGAGUGAGGACUAUCUCUACAACCCUUGCACAGGUUACGGCAGUAGAUACCACACUCAAGGGAGGCUCGCCUAUGUGCCCAACCAUAUACUCUCGAUGAUGCACGACAGUGUCCAUACACCAGAAGAUCAUGCUUUUGGUGUUGGCAACAGGAAUGUUGGCCUGGGGUUCAAUCAUCUGACACGGGAGCAUGUCAUUGUUCAAAUCUUAUAUCACUUGAAGGACUUUGAAUCUCGUCAAUAUUUAUUUACAUUCUCAGUAAUUGCCACUGGAUCGGUGCAAGACCACUUUCAGCCGCCUCUUCCUGUAAAUGACAUGCCACCAACCUAUCUGUCAGGAGUACUAUAUUGGAUGAGUGAACCAAGGUUAGGCCAGAGUUAUGAGAGGGCCAUUGUGUCUUAUAACAUUGCGACUAGGAUGUUUGGUGUCAUCUCCUGCCCCUCAAGCAUCGCAGUGUGGAGCAGCACAAGUCCAUCCCAAGCAUUUGUGGUAGAGCUUGAGGGGAUAUUAUGUGCUGUUCAUGCAGAUCCAGUUGCAGAUGAGUUGGAUAUUUGGAAGCUGGAACAUGGUCGAUGGGAUAGAGCAUGUAAAAUAUAUUUAGAAGACUGCCCAGGCUAUUCCCUUGGAGCAAAUGGUGUGGUUCCCUUGGCCGUUGACCCCAAGGAUGGGAGAAUCAUGCUGAACACAGGGAGGAAAUUGGGUCUUUAUGAUCCAACAAAGCAAUCGAUUGAGAACUUGUAUGAUCUUGAUGAGGUCUUGCAUGUCACAAGUUCAGAGCAGUCUCCACGCGUUGGAGUGUAUGAAGAUGUCCAGAUAACCAAAUGCGGACAUCAUGUCGAGAAGUUCUGCCCGCCGAAGUCACCUUUGGAGCAGCCCGCGUUUUUCGGUGAGCCUUCACCUAAAUUAUCUGGGAAGCAAUUUACGUGCUCCAAUGGCGUUCAACCUUUGGAGGGGAGAACUCCUCUGGACAGUAAAGUUAUGCCUCUGGUCCCAAUGUUAUACGAGGAGAGCUUGGCAAGCUUUCCAUUCUUCGCAAAACUAGGUGGUUAA